AUGACGAUACAAAAGCGUUUUAAAGUUACUUUGAUAGUUGUGAUUAUAUCAAUCGGUUCAUCAUAUGCCCACCAAAAAUGUAGGAUGCCGAAUGGUUAUACUGGAGAGUGUAGAUUUUUAGACGAUUGCAAGCCUCUACUAGACGUGAAUAAUAAGAAAAUUAAAACAGAAGAGGAGCUCCUGUAUCUUCGGGAAUCUUCUUGUGGAACCACCAGCAACUUUAGGUAUAAGAUCUGCUGCCCACUGGAGUCGGAAUGGUCGAAAGCGCUAGACCUCAAGCCAGUUCUAUUCCCAGAAAUAAUUAAGUAUAUGUCCGAACCAGGAGAUAAUCGAUCUGAUAACAACUUGCAUCUCGCCUCUAGUCUAAAUUUCGAGUCGGAGAAAUGCGGUAUUCAAUCGUCAACUCCUGACAUGAUACUCGGUAACCGGACAACGGCUAAACAGUACCCCUGGUUGGUGCUCCUUGAGUAUGCAAACGGUUCCAUCCUCUGCGGCGGCAGCCUUAUCUCGCGCAGACACGUUUUGACGGCCGGACACUGUGUAGAAACUUUGAACGGGCCACCGACCUUCACCCGUCUCUCGGAAUACAACACCACCACGUACCCGAUGGACAUUGCACUGACGGAAAGUGGAUUCAACUACAUCAAAAACAUCAAAAUACCCAUCAAAUGGAGUAAGAGGCACCCGGAAUUCAAUUGGAACACCUACCAGAACGAUAUAGGAUUAGUGAAGAUGGCACAUAAUGCGCACUACUCAGAUUACAUCCGACCAAUAUGCCUUCCAAGGAAUGACUUCUUAGAACAAAUCAACGCCGGCACACAGCUCGUGACAGCGGGUUGGGGCAGCAAUGAUGUCAACCACCGUGACGUGAAAAAAGACGCCCUAUUGCCUUAUGUACCGAUGAAGACAUGCAGGCGUUCUCUAUCCACAAUGACGCUCACCAACAAACAGAUAUGUGCUGGAGGUGGGCCGAGUGAACAAACAUGUGUCGGUGAAUUCGGAGGACCAUUGAUGUUUCAAAAUGAUGAUUACUAUAUAGCCGUUGGUGUUCUCAGUUACCGCUUCGGACAAUGUCGUGUAGUGAACUUGCCUGGUGUGUACACCAACGUGUACGAGUAUUUGGAAUGGAUCAACAGUAUGAUGGAAUAA